CGGAUAGUCUGACACCCGGGCUGGCCGCCAAAGGAAGGGAAAGAUGGUCAAGAAAACCGAGCGGGCAGGGUACGCGGGGUGACAGCAAGGAGAGUCCACAGCCAGCAGCUGCUGAGCAGCCAGCCCUACACCUUAUGCUCGGACACAGAGCCGGCAGGAGAGCGAGGACGCGCCGGGCACUGUGCGCUGGCCCCGCUGGGGCGUAGGGGUGACAUGUCCCACGAGCGGCCACCGCGCACGGACAUCCCCCGCAACCUGAGCUUUAUAGCAGCCUUGACCGAGCGGGCGUACUACCGCAGCCAGCGGCCCAGCCUCGAGGAGGAGUCGGAGGAGGAGCCCGGGGAGGGCGGGACCCGGCCGGGUGCCCGCUCGCGGGCUCACGUUCCGGGUCGGGGGCGCAGGGCCCGCUCUGCGCCCGCGGGUGGUGGCGGGGCGCGAACAGCCCGCAGCCGCAGCCCUGACACUCGCAAGAGAGUGCGUUUCGCCGACGCGCUGGGGCUGGAGCUGGCCGUAGUCCGGCGCUUCCGCCCGGGGGAACCGCCCCGGGUGCCCCGCCACGUGCAGGUGCAACUACAGAGGGACGCCCUGCGCCACUUCGCGCCGUGCCCGCCGCGCGCCCGCGGCCUCCAGGAGGCGCGCGUCGCCCUGGAGCCAGCCCUGGAGCCGGGCUUCGCCGCCCGGCUGCAAGCGCAGCGCAUCUGCCUGGAGCGCGCAGAUGCGGGCCCUCUGGGCGUGGCCGGGAGCGCGCGCGUGCUGGACCUGGCCUACGAGAAGCGCGUGAGCGUGCGCUGGAGCGCGGACGGCUGGCGCAGCCUGCGGGAGUCGCCCGCCUCCUACGCUGGUCCAGCUCCGUCCCCGCCGCGGGCUGACCGCUUCGCCUUUCGCCUGCCCGCGCCUCCGGUCGGCGGUGCGCUGCUCUUCGCCCUUCGCUACCGGGUUACCGGACGCGAGUUCUGGGACAACAACGGCGGCCGUGACUACGCGCUCCUUGGGCCCGAGCACCCUGGCGGUGCGGGAGCCUCGGAGCCCCAGGGCUGGAUCCAUUUUAUUUGAGACUAGGCUCCUCCAGGCCACCGCAGGGAAAAAUCGGAGGCGUCCAGGCAUGGGGUGGGGGGCGGGGGGAGGCUGUGGUGCCAGGAAGCAGGGAACCACAAUUAGCAGAUGGGUGGAGAGCGGUCCCAGAGUCAACGCGGAGGUGGCUGGAAACCGCCUGCGAAACUCAGAGAAAUUGGGGUGAGAACCACCAGGUGGAGGAUUGUGAGCUAGAAGGCCCGGAAAGGCUCUGGAAGGUCAAGAAGCCUUGGGCUGGGAAGCUUUAUGGACUGAGGAGCUUUGCCCAGUGAAGUCAUUUGGAUUGCUUCCCGCUUACCGGCCUUACCACCUCACGUCCCUUACCCUGCCCAUCCUAGCUUCAUCUGAGCCGAAAUUGCCUUGCUUAACCCCAGGAAGUUGACCAUUGCCCUCUGGCAGUAUGACCGGAUUUCCUUCCUCUCUCUGCAGUUCGUGGCUUCAGUCUUCAAGGACUGGGAUUGGGGUGUGUGUGUGUGUGUGUGUAUGACAGUUUUUCCUUCAGCCACCAAGCAAGCAUUAAAUAGUGAGGCAUCUAAGGGGUUCACAUAGGCUUCCAGAAAGAUAAAUGCCAGCCUUACUUUUCUGGAUGUCUUCUUAAAACUUCUAAGCACUUUAGGUCAAGGGACAGUGAAUUAUAGAAACCCCUGCUGAUUUAUUCUUUGUGACUCUUAAAGAGGAAACCACUGAGUCUCUGUAUGAUUGAGCAGGUUUCUCUGUGUCUUUGGGCUCCAUUUUCCUCUGAGAAAGUGGAGUUAGGUGGUUCCCUGAGGCCUCCUCUUCUCUCUCAAGGCUUCUCUCUCUCUCUCUCUCUCUCUCUCUCUCUCUCAACAUGCUCUCCAGCCCAAGUGACCCACUAUGCUCUUAGGGAUGCUUUUUUUUAAAAAAGGAUUUAUUAUAUGUAAGUACACUGUAGCUGUCUUCAGACACACCAGAAGAGGGUGUCACAUCUCAUUACAGAUUGUUGUGAGCCACCAUGUGGUUGCUGGGAUUUGAACUCAGGACCUUCGGAAGAGAGCAGUCAGGGCUUUUAACCGCUGAGCAAUCUCUCUUGCCCAAGGGCUACAGGUGGUUUUGUUGUUGUUGUUGUCGUUGUUGUUUUGGCGUUUUAUGGUCUGUUCAUGGCACAAUAUAGGUUAGAAAAGACAUCUUUCAACCUAGUGCUACAAUUAAAGAUCACACAGCAAGCCAGGUAUGGUGGCACACACAGGAAGACUGUUUUGAGUUUGAGGCCAGCCAGGACUACAAAUGAUUACUAUGCUAUCCUGGGCUACAUUUGACUCGCACAAAAUUGAAAGAAAAGGAGGAGGAGAAGAGGAAGAAGGAGGAUAAGGAGAAGAAACAAGACUUAGGCAGCACACUGAGCCUGUGGCUGCAGGUGAGCGGAGUUCAAAUGACCCAGGACCCAGGCAGCAGCCAGCGGAGCCUCUGUGUCUGUAUCUCCCGAGCCAGAGCACACCCUGUGCCCUUUGGGUUCUGUUCUUGCCUCCGCAGACUUCCAGUCUGGGUUCUCAGAGAAAACUGGAGAAGAGUACAGCUGUCAGGGAAAGUGCUGCUUGGGAGCCCCAGAAUGAGCCGGCGCUGGAAGUCCGGAGGGUAAAGGACUGGGUGUAAGACAGAAACAGAGGGAGUACCAUUUGAGGGUGAAGUGGCACGAGAAGGUGGCAGUUUGAGCCGUACCCUGACCCAGUGAAAUGGAGAACCUGGAGUCUUCUCUGAUAGCCGUUCUCACUUCACGGCCUUCCUGAGGGGCUCAGGCCUCCUGGUUGUUUCCCUUGUCCUGCCUUUCCUCCCUUCCCACCACUUGUUUCUUUGAAUAUGUAGGACGCUUAUCUUUAUUCCAUCUCUUCACCCAUGUUGGUCUCCCUCUCCCUUGAGAUGGACCAGAGCUGUAGCUUCUUUCUUCUAAGGCCAUAGUUGAUCCACUUUCCUCAGACACCUCUCUGAAGGGGAAAGAAUUCCUAAUGUCACAGUUGAAUGAGGACCGCCCAGGAAACUGGCUUGCCACACCCCUUUCCAUUACCAGCGUCUUGACCAGUUUCUCACGUCCCUUCUUCUCUGCCAGGUACCUACAUGUACAUUCAGAAUUCAGUUUGGGGCUUGUUCCUUCGCCUCUCUGGUCAUGCCUUAGAUAAAUGCCCAUUUAAGCAUCAUCUUACCUCGUGAAGAACACCGUUGGAUGCAUCUGUGGACCACCUUCAGGUUCAGCAAAGUAAAGGAAAGAACUGUCUUGGAAACUCCCGAACAAUGCACUCUCUAGUCUUCAGCAAGAGCCCAGGAAGGCUGGGUUGAAGUUCAGGUGUUAUGACAUCAUCCUUAAUGUGUGUGUUAUUGUUAUGUCAUAUUAACAGUAGUAACAGCUCCCAUUUAACCUUCGUGUGCUAAGUGUUCUACAUGCAUGUUUAAAGUGGCACUGUGACUUGAGCAUUAUUAUCCCUCUUUUAGAAAUAAGUCUAAGCUAGGUACUUUGUUCAGGAUUAUAGGAUUGCGAGCCCAGGAAGGCCCACAGUCUGUGUGUAACCCUGGUGGUAUGUAUUUUUUUUCUUUAAGAACAAAAUUAAAGACUUUGCUAUAUAUCUUCCA